UCUGGAACAAAAUAUUUAGUCGUGAAAUCAACUCCAUCGAUCGCUCUUCCCUUUUCUAUCCCCAAUUCCCCAUUUCUCAUCCACCUUCUCCACCAAUUCCUCCGCCGCGAAUCGAAAAUGAGAAACCUACUCCCCGUACUCCUUCCGCUCCUCCUCAUCGCAUCCUUCGCCUCCGCCGAGAUCAAAAAUCUCAAAAUCACCUCCGAUUCACGCCCUAUGAUCCUCUUCGAACGAUUCGGAUUCACGCACACUGGUCAAGCAUCCAUCACCGUCUCCUCCGUCUCCGUCAUGUCCAACGUCGCCUCGCCGGAGCCCUCACGUCUAGGUUUCUUCCUCCUAUCGGAAGAAUCCCUAAUUCAGGUUCUGAUUGAGCUCCAAUCAAAUCCUUCCUUCUGCGUCCUCGAUUCCAAGUACAUUAAUCUCCUCUUCACCUUCCGCGAUCUGUCGCCGCCGCCUCACUCCUCCUUCUCCCACUCCUACCCGAUCACAUCUCCCAACGAGUACUCGCUCUUCUUCGCCAAUUGCGCUCCUGAAUCUACUGUGUCGAUGAACGUGCGGACCGAGCUGUACAACCUCGACGGCCGUGGGGAUGAAAAGGACUACUUAUCCGCUGGUUUAACUCAACUGCCGUCGUUGUAUUUCUGUUUCUCUGUUAUUUAUGUAGCGUUUCUGGCGUAUUGGAUCUAUGCGUUGUUGCAAAAUAAGAAGUCUGUUCAUAGAAUCCAUUUGCUUAUGGGGCUUCUGGUUGUUAUGAAAGCAUUGAAUCUUCUUUGUGCCGCCGAGGAUAAACAUUAUGUGAAGGUCACCGGGACUCCACAUGGAUGGGAUGUGUUGUUUUACAUUUUCCAGUUUAUUAGGGUUGUUUUGUUGUUUACCGUCAUCGUCUUGAUCGGUACUGGAUGGUCGUUUCUGAAGCCAUUUUUGCAGGAGAAGGAGAAGAAGGUGUUGAUGAUUGUGAUCCCAUUGCAGGUCUUGGCCAAUUUUGCAUCCAUUGUGAUUGGGGAGACAGGUCCCUUUAUCAAGGAUUGGGUAACUUGGAACCAGGUGUUCCUGUUGGUUGAUAUAAUCUGUUGCUGUGCCAUUAUUUUCCCAAUUGUGUGGUCUAUUAGGUCAUUGAGGGAGACAUCAAAGACUGAUGGGAAGGCUGCUAGGAACCUGUCAAAGCUGACUCUGUUUAGGCAGUUUUACAUUGUUGUAAUUGGGUAUCUCUACUUCACAAGGAUAGUAGUGUUUGCUCUCAGAACCAUUGCUGCCUACAAGUACCAAUGGGUGGCUAAUGCUGCUGAGGAGAUUGCUAGCCUUGCUUUUUACGCUAUAAUCUUUUACAUGUUUAGGCCUGUUGAGAAGAAUGAGUACUUUGCACUUGAUGAAGAAGAGGAAUCUGCUGCAGAGAUGGCUCUUAGAGAUGAAGAAUUCGAGCUUUGAAGUUGGAGAUGAAGUGCUACUCUUUUUUGCCUGAAUACUACAAGAGUGUGAGUGAUUUGGUAGAUUUGCUACAAAAUCUGAUUUGUUACAAAAUCUGAUUUGUGUAACUGUUGCACUUCUUCCUUACUUUACCUAGAGACAGAUUUGAGUUUGUCUUACAGUGGCAUCUAUUUUGCAUAAUGUAAGUUUCUCAUUUGUUUA